AAUUUUGGCGGGUUGACUUGGAAUCAUCGAUCGGAGGGAGUACGAGUAUGGAAGGAAGCAAAGCCGAAGAGGGAAAUCAGACGAUGAAGCUGUACUCCCACUGGAUGAGCUCCUGCUCUCGUCGUGUUCGUCUUGCUCUUCACUUAAAAGGGCUCAAAUAUGAUUGCAUAAAUAUAACCUCCGUCGGUGAUCCAGAACUUCUAAAGGUCAAUCCUAUGGGUUAUGUCCCUGCGCUGGUGGAUGACACUACUGUAAUUUCAGAUUCUUAUGCCAUCUUAUUAUAUCUGGACGAGAAAUACCCUCAAUAUCCUUUGUUGCCACAAGAUCUUUCGAGAAAAGCUAUAAAUUACCAGGUUGCAAGUAUUGUUUCAUCCAGCAUUCAGCCGCUUCAGAAUACGUCAUUAGUUAAUUAUAUUGGGGAAAUUGUUAGUCCUGAUGAGAAGAUUCCUUGGGCACAGUAUCAUAUCAGGAAAGGGUUUGUAGCUCUCGAGAAGCUAUUAACGAACUAUGCUGGAAAAUAUGCUACUGGAGAUGAAGUUUAUCUGGCCGACUUGUAUCUAGCACCCCAACUUGAUAAUGCAAUCAACCGAUACAAGCUUGAUAUGACUGAGUUCCCUCUCCUAAGUAAAUUGAACAAGGCUUACAGCGAAUUGCCAUCUUUCCAACAAAUGCUGGCUGAAACACAAAAUCUAGAUGCAGAUAAGAUAUUCGGUUUGGUCAAGAAAUUGGCGGCUUAAGACUCUUCAUGUGAAGGGAAACCCACACUCGCACUUGAAUAAAAUCUAGGAGCUUAGGGCGUCCUCUGUCUCCUUAAAUUAUACGUGGUCAUUGUUUACCUGUUAGCCCUAUGGCUUCGACGAUGCACGUUGGUAAAAUAUACUUUUGUUAGUUGUGAGUGUCCGGACCAACUUGUGAACACUUCGAUUAAUCUCAUGGGGCGUGGUGGCCUUGGAGAGAUUUGAACCGGUGACCUAUAGGAGUCCCAAAGGCCCAAACUUUGUGUACUUGAUGUAUAAUGAUUAUGAAACUCGAAUAUGUGUCAACUUGACUACAACCAACAAGGUCUUAUAGCUUUGGUUCGGCUUUUGCUAUGUUGCGCAUUAGCCCGAUGCGUUGUCUAUGAAAGUAUAAAAACUAAUGUUACACGAUGAUGAUGAUGAUGUUAAUGUAUGGAUCGUCGAUUAUGAAUUC